UCGACGCUUGAUUACGAUGGUGCUGGGCGCUUUCAACAACAAAAAAUACUGGAAGCUAGUUAAUUUCGUUGGAAAUGGCAGCACAUCUCAAAAAGCGAGUUUACGAGGAAUUCUCUAAAGUUGUUCAGCUUCCCCAAGAGGAGGCUCCAGCCAAGAAGCUCCGUCUGACCAAGCCAAGUAAGUCUGCAGCACUGCAUAUUGACCUGUGUAAGGCCUCCAACCCCACUGAUGCCCUGCAGUACCUGCUGCACUUUGCCCGCAGCUCCGUGGAGGCAGAGAGUGUGGAAGGGGUUGUGCGCAUACUGCUGGAACACUACUACAAGGAGCAGGAUAACUCUGUGCGGCUGAAGAUUGCCUCUCUGAUCGGCCUGCUAAGUAAGACCCAGAACUUCAAUCCUGAGAGUAUCCUAGAUGACACCCUCAACACAUUCAACACAGAGAAGUCCCAUCAGGUCCUGGCACAGCUGCUGGACACUCUGCUGGUCAUCGGCACCCAGCUCCCAGAAAGCCUUAUUGUUAGACACAGACUCAUAGAGGUGGCCUACAAGCACCUGUCAGACACAUAUUUCGGUGUGAGGAAUAAAUGCCUACAACUCCUGGGUUGCCUGGGAAACGUGGACACGCCCCUAAAUAAAGAUGGACAGGGAUUGGUUCCAGCUGUUAUUGGGGGCAGUGCUCCAGGGGUGUCUGGUGGAGUGUGUGUGAGAGACGCGCAGAGCCUCAUCAGUGACUACUUUGCAGACCAGGACCCAAGGGUGCGCACGGCGGCCAUCAAAGCCAUGCUGCAACUGCAUGAAAGGGGACUGAAGAUUCAACAGACCAUUUAUGAUCAGGCCUGUCAGCUGCUGUGUGAUGACUAUGAGCAGGUUCGUUCGGCUGCCGUUCAGAUGGUGUGGGUCCUGAGUCAGCUCUAUCCAGAGAGCAUUGUGCCGAUUCCGUCGUCCAAUGAGCAAGUCCGUCUGGUCGACGACUCGUUUGGGAAGAUCAGUCACAUGGUCUCUGAUGGAUCCUGGGUGGUCAGGGUGCAGGCCGCCAAAACACUGGGUAACAUGUUGCAGGUCAGUCCUCACUUCCUAGAGCAGACUCUGGACAAGAAGCUGAUGUCAGACCUCAGGAGGAAACGUACUGCUCAUGAGCGUGCCAAGGAGCUCUAUGCAUCAGGUGAGUUCUCCUCUGGGAGGAAAUGGGCUGAUGAUGCUCCCAAGGAGAAGGUGGACACCUCAGCUGUCAACCUGAUCGCCUCGGGGGCAUGUGGAGCCUUCGUACACGGACUGGAGGACGAGAUGUACGAGGUGCGUAUUGCUGCUGUGGAUGCACUCUCUGCUCUUGCCCAAUCAUCUGCCAGCUUUGCCGAGAAGUGCCUGGACUUCCUGGUUGACAUGUUUAAUGAUGAGAUUGAGGAAGUCAGGCUGCAGUCCAUCCACGUCCUGAGACAGAUCUCUACUAACAUCACCCUGAGAGAAGACCAGCUGGAUACUGUACUGGCUGUAUUAGAGGAUUCGUCUCGUGACAUCAGAGAGGCGCUACAUGAGUUGCUGUGUUUCACCAAUGUGUCGACUAAAGAGUGUAUCCAACUGGCCCUGCUGGAGCUGCUGAAAAACCUCACCAAGUACCCCACCGACCGCAACUCUGUCUGGAAGUGUCUAAAGUUUCUAGGUUGUCGUCAUCCAACCCUGGUGUUACCGCUGGUUCCAGAGCUGCUCAGUACUCACCCCUACUUCCACACCCCUGAACCAGACAUGGACGACCCUGCCUAUAUUGCAGUGUUGGUGCUGGUGUUCAAUGCAGCUCAGUCUUGUCCCACCAUGACAGCUCUGUUCUCAGACCACACCUUUAGACACUACACCUACCUACGGGACAGCCUCUCUCACCUAGUACCUCCUCUCAGGUUACCAGGGAGGACGCAGGCCCCAGGUGUGAGUGGUAUAGAAGGUUCCGGCAGUGUGGAGUCUGCUCAACUGUUCCUCCAACAGAGUCUGAGCAGAAUUAGCACUAUACACAACCUACAGGACCCCGGGGCUCAGGACCUGCUCAACUUUACUAUCAGAGACCUACAGAGACUGGGGGAGCUACAGACAGAGCUGGCAGGAGCUGCUGACUUCUCUGCCACCUACCUCCGCUGCCAACUACUGCUCACCAAGGCCUUGCAGGAGAAGUUGUGGACUAUGGCCGUCCCCCUCUGCCUUAAACACAACGCCAUGGCAACUGCUGCUGCCAAACAGAUGUUGGAGGAGACAUAUAAACUGGAGUUCCUAUAUAGUGGUCUGGAGAACAGACAGGUGGCCACCAUACACCACGUCAGACUACAGGCUAAGGCCUUACAGCUAGUCCUGACUGCCCGUACCAGACGAGGAGUUGAACCUCUCAUCAGUGUCUGUGAGAAGUUCCUUCAGGAGGUGGAAUCCUUUCAGAGGCUGUUUGUGGUGGAGCUGCCCCACCUCCAGGAAAGUUUUGUGGGGAAGCUGUUGGACUUGAGUCCCAAGCUGUCGGCCUGCAAGCCUGGAGAACUAGUCAAGAUCCUUCAGACCACAUUGAGACAGAGUGGCUUCUUAAACCUUAAAUUACCUAAACAGGUCCAGCGUGCGUCGGCGACCAUCAUCGAGCCGACAGGAGAGUCUGACAACCCGCUGCGUUUCACAUCUGGCCUGGUGGUGGCACUAGACAUCGAUGCUACGCUGGAGCACGUGCAAGACCCCCACAACACUGUCAAAGUACAGGUGCUGUAUCCAGACGGCCAGUCUCAUGUGAUUCAGCCUAAACCUGGAGACUUCAGAAGUCCUGGACCACACCGCCACCGCCUCAUCACACAGGUCUACUUGUCUCACUCCGCAUGGACUGAGGCGUGUCAGAUCGAGGUGAGGCUGCUGCUAGCCUACAGCUCAUCUCGUCUCUGUAAGGCGGUGUGGAGCGACAGCAGCACCGAAGGCCUCCAGCCAGCAGAGGGUGCCACUGAGGGAACCAUUCCCUUUGGCAAACCUGUCAAGGUCUUCAUCAUGCCUAAACCUGCCCGCCGCUGACACCAAACACCUCUAAGCAUCCAUCUCGCUUUCUCUCUCCUCUAGCUUGUCUGUUUUCUCCCUCUCCCACCCCUGACCCUCUAGUCCUCAGCCAUUGGCUGUUCCUUACUGCAUACAUAUUUACUAAACAAUGUUUAUAUUGUUAGUGUGUAACUGUGUGCCACUCCUGGCUGACUGCUCAACUAGAUUGAGGAUGCGUCCUAUAUAGUGCACUACUUUUGACCACUAAAGGAAGAAGGGUGCUAUUUGAGAUUUCAUCCUGAGACUGAGCAAAAGAAUCACCUGUCUGAUCUGUGUGUUGCUAUUCCUGCUAUAGUUAAGGGCAAUUUUUUUUCUUUGAAUGACAAAUGAAACCAGAUGACAAAAACAAGCCUUUAUUCACAGCAAGUCAUUUUAGCUCUUCAUUACGGUGUUCUGAAUGUUUCACUUCACUAAUGUACCCCAGGGUUGUGUUCAUCAGGCACCAAACAGGGAGGGACUACAUGGACUUGUCCAUAGCAAAAUGGUGUGCUGUAAUGAAUAUGACAUGUUGAAUCGCACCAGGCUUUCAGAGUUCUCCUACUGGCCACCUGUGGUAUGAUGUCAUCAGCAGGUAGAGUGGAAGAUGCCACCCACCUUGGCUCCCUGGCCAACCAGGUUGUUGUAUUCUGUGAUGGCCUUCUCUGUCUGCAGAACUAUCAGCUCCACUCCUCUCUGUCUCACAAAGUCCACAGUUGAGGGCGGGACCUUAGAGAGAGAGAGCGCAGAGUUCAACAUUGCAGCCAUCUUCAAAGGAAAACUCUGCCCAAAAAUGAUAUUUUUGUAAUUGUUUCAUUAGUCCAUUGUUACCAUAGUUCCAAAAUGUUUUGCAUGUCAGCAAUCAAGUUUUCAAGAUGUAACUUUCAAAAUACAGAAAUCAUCCCCAUAUGAUGCAAUUGGCAUCAUAUGAUUCUGGGUUUUGCAUCAUACAGGGCUGGGUUUUGAAAGGUCCGUGGGGCGACGCCCGCCCCCCCCGGGUUAGGGGGGGGCUUGGCAGGUAAGGAUAUCCUUGUCUCAUCGCGCACCAGCAACUCCUGUGGCGGGCCGGGCGCAGUGUGCGCUAACCAAGGCCCCCAGGUGCACGGUGUUUCCUCCGACACAUUGGUGUGGCUGGCUUCCGGGUUGGAUGUGCGCUGUGUUAAGAAGCUGUGUGGCUUGGUUGGGUUGUGUUUCGGAAGACGCAUGGCUUUUGACCUUAGUCUCUCCCGAGCCCGUACGGGAGUUGUAGCGAUGAGACAAGAUAGUAAUUACUAACAAUUGAAUACCACGAAAUUGGGGAGAAAAAGGGGGUAAAACAAAUUAACAAGUUUUUGGGUGGAGUUUAAAAGGCGAGUCAAGACUGACUGAUCUACAAAUCACCUUGCAUCAUAAAUACUCAAUAUUAUUUGUAGAUCAGUCAUUCACAAUUUAACCAUGGUACAUCAGUUUUGAUGCUCUCGAACAAGGCCAGAGAGAGAAAUCAGGGGAAUUGUGUAGUGGCUAGGGAAAGUGUAGGGCUAAGGAAGGGUAAUGUACAUGGUGAAUGUAUGUUUGUCGGGGCAAGGGAAAGUGAAGGAUAGGGUAAACAGAGGAAGCGAGAGGUUUUACUCCCCCCAAAAUAAGCACACGAAGUGAGGAAUUUUUGUAUGGAGGUUUGAGUGUCAAAUUUGAUUUUAAAAAAUGUAAUUGUUCUUAUUUGAUUGAAAAUAAGUUUCAUAAUAGGUUGUUACGAAUGCAGUGUAAUAAGUGGACGCCCUUGGCAUUUCGGCAACCCAAAAACUACUUUAUAUCGGAGUUGUGCCUGUUGUCAAAGAGAGGACUCAUCGUGGAUAUAAUCUAUUUUAGCAUGGACAUUGCCAUUGAAGGCUUCCAACAUUUUAAAGUAGUCAACUGGGUGGGGAUUCCUAGGAGUUGGAAAAAUCUGCCAAUGAAGGAAAAUAAAAUGUACUACUUUAAAAUGGAGCCUAUUGCCGUCACAGACGCUAUAAUGGGAGAUACAAAGAUGAGUCUAUAUAUCGCGAUGGCCUAUUGUUCACAAGCUUAUCUGCCCUCUCAUUGGCUAGAAUAUUCCCACCUGAUCUCACCUCCAGCUUGCCUUCCACCUUUAAGAACAUUUUCCCCAUUGUUAGAGUGCACUAAUAUCUUGUCAAUAUAAUAAACUAUCUUUGGGGUGAA